GUUGUUUUGGAGGUAUUAUAAACGUCUAAAAUUGGUACCAUUUCUUUUGUAUGUUUCUACGUGAAUCAUCACCAUCUUCAUUCACCUUUUGUUUUCUUUCUUUAAAAUAUGGCUCCUCAAGUGUUGUUGAUCAAAGAUAAAAUGGAAGUGAGGAUUCAUGAAUGUUUGGAUGAACUUAGCACGGAUUUGGCUGAUCAGAUAGAAGAAUUAUGCGAAGAAUCGAUCAAAGAUCAUGGAGUUUUCGCCGUUGCUAUAUCUGGUGGAUCGAUCAUUAGCUUGAUGAGGAAACUCAGUGAAGCUCCCUAUAAGAAGACGAUUGAUUGGUCUAAAUGGUAUAUAUUUUGGGCUGAUGAACGUGUUGUGGCCAAAAAUCAUGUUGAUAGCAACUACAAGCUUGCCAAGGAUAAUCUUUUGUCAAAGUUACCUAUUGUUCCAAGCCAUGUAUAUUCCAUCAAUGAUUCUCUCACCGCAGAAGAAGCAGCAAGCGAGUACGAGUUUGUCAUCCGCCAGCUAGUCAAGACACGGGUAGUCAACGUUUCCAACAUCAGCGACUGCCCCAAGUUUGACCUGAUCCUUCUCGAAGUGGGCGCAGAUGGCCAUGUUGCCUCUCUUUUUCCUAACCACCCGGUCCUUGAAGAAAAAAACGAAUGGGUGACCUUUAUCGCCAACGCACCAAAACCACCGCCUGAAAGAAUCACCCUCACCCUGCCGGUAAUCAACUCUGCCGCAAACGUGAUAAUGGUGGCAACAGGCGGAGUGAAAGCAGAGGCUGUGCGCAUGGCUAUCGAUGACAUGGAUCCCGAAUGCUCGGUUUUGCCAGCUAGGAUGAUUCAACCUAGUGUAGGGAAAUUGGUGUGGUUUUUGGAUGUUGAGGCUGCUUCAAAGCUCACAAGGUUUUCUUAGUUUUGUGGUCUUGAUAAAAAAAAUUAUGAGAUUGUUAGUAGAGAAAUAUAUUAUAUAUACAAUAUAGUUAUAAUUUA